AUGUCGCUCGACAGAGAAGCCCUCCAUCAUUUUGUCAAGAAACCGGUCUCUACCUCCAUGGUCUCCUUUCUGGUGUCCACUACGGAAUCCGUGAUUUCGAUCCGAAGCUCCAAACCAUACAGUCAAUUGUCAUCUGCAUAUCCUUCGCCACCAGCCUCGCCUGUUGAAGAGACCUCGAAAUCGGUGUCUCUUUUCUCGUUUGUCAAGGGUCUGAUACGCCAUUCGCGUGUUCAAACCCCUACGCUUAUGGCCAGUCUGGUAUACCUUGUGAAGCUUCGCUCGAUCUUGCCUGCUAAUUCGCACGGAGUAGACACCACCCAUCACAGGAUAUUUCUUGGUGCCUUGAUUCUGGCUGCAAAGUCGUUGAACGACUCCUCGCCCUUCAACAAGUGUUGGGCUGCUUACACAGAUGGUCUGCUUACCCUGAAAGAGGUGAACACGUUGGAGCGCGAGAUGAUUGGAUAUCUUGGCUGGGACUUGCGCGUAACUGAGCAGGAUAUCAUGAACUGUUUUGCUCCCUUCCUGGCUCCAAUUCGUGAGAAAAUCAUGCGCACAAACGAAGAGAGGCUCCAAGCAUCCAGGCAGCUGCUUCUACCGACGCCGGUGGAGCCUCUUGCCAUUCGCAAGCUUGCACAGUCGAAUUCAGCAUCCUCUGUGCCCUCACUAUCUUCCUCCGCUUCCACUGCUUCCAAUCUGUCGACUUCUUCGGCCCUCACUACCGUGGUCGAGUCAGAUCCUGUGCAUGACUUCAAGCCGCGUCCACUGCGUCUCAAGUCUAUCACUAAUCUGCAGUAUAACCAGAGGAAGCUGCAAGUGGUUAAUGUGGAUCCCAAAGUUGAGGAGUACUCUAAAUCAAAGAGGCAGAGCUUCAAUGUGUUCGGCAAUAACCAGCCUGCAAGGAUAAUUGUGGAAUCGUGA